AUGGAAUAUAAAAUCAUUAAAUCUAAUCAAUAUAAUGAAAUCGAUAAAGUAAUUUCAUAUAAAUUUAAUAAUAUCUUUGGAGAAAAUAUAUCUCAGUUAAAAGAAAUUACAAAUUCAAAAUGGAUGAUAGCAAUAUCAAAUAUACAACAUAACUUCAUUUUUGUUGCAAUAUCUUAUGUAACGGAAUUUGAUAUGUUAGCUAAAAAAGGAAAAGGUGUUUCUAUACAAUUUGAAACUCCAGAAAUUAUUAUUAAUGUUAAUGAAGAAGCCACUAUUGAGAAUGAUGAAAAAUCCUUAUCGGAAGCUGGUUUUAAUCAAUCAAUAAAUGGAAGAACUGUUAUUUAUAAAAUUGCAAUAGAUUUAUUGAAGAAAAGUGAGCAAGAGGAAGAAACUAUUGUUAAAAAAGUUGAAAUAUUUAAAGAAGAAAAAAUCGGUGGUAUUGUUUCUUUUGUUCAUGGUGAUUAUAAUUCUAGUAAAAUAGCAAAAACGUAUUGCUUUAUUUUUAAUGCUGGUGGAAUCUAUAAACUCACAAUUUGUGAAAUUGUUGAUAAUUGUUUAAUGAAUUUAGAACAUUUUGAUUAUCCAAGAAGACUUAUAAUUGAAUUAGAUACUUUUUAUAAGACCAAAUCUUGUAUUUUUCGAAUUAAAAAUUGCAUUUUUGAUCACUAUUUUUAUAUCGAGCAGUAUAGAGAAGGAAUUCAAGUUAUGCAAUUAUAUGAUUUAAGAACCAUGCAAAUACAACAAAUUUUCAAUAUAUAUGAAGAAAAAAAUUAUUCAAGUAAAUAUAGCAAAUCUGUAUUAGCUAUUUCAAAAAAUAAGCAAAUGAUUGCCUUUUCGUCUGGUUAUGGAAAAUUGGCUCUUUAUUUAAUAGAAAAUGGUAUAGAAAUUAUUCGUAAAGAUUUUGGAAGAAAUACAAAGAUAAUUGCUUCCGACUUUAAGGAUGAUAACAAAUUAAUGGUAAUUAUUAAAAAAGCAAAUCAAAACAGUAUAAGUAUGUUAAUUUGGCAUUUAUAUACAAAUAAAUUUCAACAACAUUAUGUCGAUUUAAACGAAGUUGAAAACGAAGUUGAAGAAAGUAUUUUAUAUAUUGCAAAGAUUCCUGAAUCUGAUAACCAUAUCGUUUUUCAUCAAAAUGUUGAAUCAAAGGUAGCACAACCAUUUAAAGAUAAUGCAGAACCAUGGAUAGCUGAUAAAUAUAAAGGAACAUGGGUAUAUCUUAACCAUGAAGAAUCGAUGCAGUUAUAUAUCGGAAAAUGUACCCUUCAAGUAUGGCGUAAAAUUGAGCAAAAAGAAAAGUUUGUUCUUGAAUAUUUUUGGGCUAAUGAAGAUUAUGAAAAUGAACAUACUUUACAAAUAUUAGAAUUAAAAGUUUAUGAGAAUGGUUUUUUGCUUGAAUUAAAGCAACAAGAUGAAAGGCAAGUUCAAAUUAAAUGGUUAUAUAAAAAUAAUGAGGAUCAUGUUGAUUUAAUAAGGCAUGCUUGCGAUGCCCUUGCACUUCUAAAUUAUCAAAGAAAUAAAUUAAUCGGAUAUGAGAACCAACAUG